UUAUUGGUGUUCAGCCCCCCGAGUUCCCUCCAGAGCCAUUGGAGUGUGACAAGGAAGCUAUGCAGGCACUACACAGCCUUCUCCCCAAUCCCGGCUGCCACUGCAAACAUUAAGCACCUUCCAGCAAGCUACCAGCCUGCAGGUAGGGGGCCUCUUAAAGGGCCAGUCGAGGGUUAGGGUUGGUUCUAAAUGAGGGGGAAUACUGUGAUUUGCAGCCUUCUGAAUUGACUGGACAAAACAAGUUAUCCAAAUGACAGACAGCGGCUUAACAACAGGUUGUUUAAAAAAGGGACUAGAAACUUACUAGAAAUAAAAGGUGUAGUGCUAUUUUUUUCUUGUUCACUUCUUUGGUGUUUUAAAAAAAAACUGGAAAAGAGAUAAUAAAUAGCAACAGAAGUGUAACACUACAAAGACACAGAACAAAGCAGAAAAGUGGAUUUGCGAUUCACCGCUUUUCUCUGGAGCUGAACUUUCUUUCCUUGAAGGAAGGGGGAUUCCUAGUUGGGCUAAUCCCAAGCACCUUGAGGAUCAGACCCAAGAAGAAGACACGAAGAACAACAUUCUGCUUCGAAAAGAAAGAAAAUGGCCAACUCGGGUUUCCAGCUACUGGGGUACUUCUUGGCACUUGGCGGCUGGAUUGGCAUCAUCUCCACCACAGCCCUGCCCCAGUGGAAGCAGUCGUCCUACGCUGGCGAUGCCAUCAUCACUGCGGUGGGUCUGUAUGAAGGCCUGUGGAUGUCUUGUGCUUCUCAGAGUACAGGGCAGGUGCAGUGCAAGGUGUACGACUCUCUGCUGUCGCUGGAUGUUCAUAUCCAGACGUGCCGGGCGCUGAUGGUGGUGUCCGUGCUGAUGGGCUUCCUCGCGAUCAUCGUCAGCGUCGUGGGAAUGAAGUGCACUAAAGUGGGAGACAACAACCCCGUCACGAAGAGCAGGAUUGCUGUCUCCGGAGGGGUCCUCUUCCUGCUUGCAGGAUUGUGCACACUGAUCUCUGUGUCCUGGUAUGCAACACAAGUCUCCCAUCAAUUCUUUAACCCAAACACACCUGUGAAUGCCAGGUAUGAGUUUGGCUCUGCUCUGUUUGUUGGCUGGGCGGCCGCCAGUCUCACCAUGCUGGGAGGGUCGUUUCUCUGCUGCUCUUGUCCUAAUGAGGAGAGAAGAGGGCAACAGUAUUACAGACAAUCCCAGCCAUCCACAGCCAGGGAGGCUGAGUUGUUGAGUGAAACUAGUUUUCCUGACUGAGCAAACCCCCUGCCUCUUUUGAAGAUUAUUCAAGUUCCACUUAAUUUUUCCGUUUCCUUGUUCCUUCCUAGAUGCAAAAUUUGGACCCUUAUUACUUCACUAUAGUAUAAAAUGCACUCUCUAUAGAUGUUUCUAUCUGCAUCUGAUAAUAUAGAAAGAAUGCACCCUGACCUAUCAAAACCUGUGAAAGAAUAUGGACUCUAAUAGAUAAUAAAUGGACAAGGUCUGAACAUGUACAGAACAGUCUAAUUGACAUUGUAAUAACAAUAUUGUAUGCUGUAAAUAAUGUCUAAAAAAAUAAUGUUUUAUGUUGUCAGUAUUAUUACUUUUGGUUAUGUUUUAAGUAACUGGUAGUCUAAUGUGUUUUAAUACAUGUAUACUUACUUAAACAUUUCUUUUCUUUUAAAUUGCAGAACAAAUGUAAAAAUGUCUCCACCAGAGAAAGGGGAGCAGUACUUGUAGUUUGGAUUAUGCCCAGCCAUUGGUCACAUGCUGUUUAGUUUUUGCAACAGACAAGACUCUUUGAGGCAAAUGUAAAGCUAAAUUUGUUAUACCAAAUAAAUAAAAAUGCCUACCGCUGUAAAACACCUACAUGUAAAAUCAAAUUCUUGCUAUUAGCCUUUUCCUUUCAUGAGUAUGCACAUAGAUUCAAAUCAUGUGUGAGUCACUGUGAUUCAAACCUGAUUAGGGCUAGUGCCACCAAGCUUCUUAAAGAUAGAAUGGAAAAGGUUUAAAAUAAUGGAGUGUCCUCUUACCCAAUCUCAUCCAUGUUACUGGGUUUGCGAUCAGGUUCAUUGCCACAGCUGAGCUGCUGAAGCCCAUUUCAAGUAGCUGUAGUUCAUGAACCCACAGGGUGUGCUGCUUCAGUGUGAGACUAGCGGUUAGAGAGUGUAUUUCAUUUAGUCUCACUUGCAAGGCCUGUGUGCGCUUCCCUGCUGACAAUGAUUUGUGAGUUAUUUGCUGCUGUUAACAAGAGACACUGAGAACUGAAUCUCAAAGAACCUUAGAAAAUAGGUUGCCUAACUCUCUAACCUUUAUUCUCACAUCGAUGAUUCAAAACUCCCGUGUUGGAAACUCUACUAAGGCUAUUUGAAAUAGUCUUCAGCAGCUAGGCUUGGGGCUAUGAACUUUUCAUGCUUAAAUAUUUUAAACAUCACUUUCAAAGAUAUGAUAAAGACAGAAACAAAUCAAGAAUUGGAAACCAAAUACCAUGAAUGACAUUUGGGUAAGAGAAUAAUCCAUUUAUAAAAAUGCUUCCCAGUCUGCCUUUAAUGCAUUUAUCUGGGGCGUCAAAGCUGAUAUUUACUGUAUGCCCCCAACACACUUCCAUUUUAGUGACAUCUGUCAGCAUUUUUAUUGUAUGUUAAUAGGAGUAUCCUUAUAAAUGUCUGCUAUGGUAAAAUGGUGGUAAAUAGAAGUGAUGGAUGGUAAAUGCAUGCCAAAAGCAUGUAUACAAACAUGAGGAAGCAUGGGAAAGUGUGUGACAUGAUAACACAUGCAAAUGUACUGAAGCAAACUUUAAUAAGGUGUGAAUUGUUGUCAUUUUAAAAUAUAUGUAUGGUAGUAAUAGAUAAAAUAACAGCAGCUAAAUCCAAUAUAUAUAUAUAUAUAUAUGAUGAGGGUAACUGGUGAUUUAGAUCCCAUUAUGUAUUCACUGUGUCACAUUACAGUGCAUUUUGUCUCUGAGCAAUAUAAACUAACACUAAGACUAAUACCCUGAAAACCCCAGAAUGUCUUUAAUAUUUCAGAAAGUGCAAAUAUGAUUCAAUGGGAGAGUUUUAGGGGAUGAGAAAACAAAAUAUACAUCAUUUGAUCUGGGAAAUUAUUAUAUAGUAUAUUACAUGCUUUACAAGAAUGUGCUUAAAAAAACUAUUAGGGCCAAGCAUCAUUUCCCUCUACUUAA